AAAUAUGUCCAUUUACAGUAAAAAAAAAAAAAAAAAAAAUAGGGAGAUGGAAGAUGUUGAGAAAGAGGAGCAAGACAGCUUUAGCGGUGAAAAACCAUCAAGAUAGGGAAAGCAGUUGGGACAGACGGCAUCAUAGAUAGUGGACGGACCAGACCGUAACACUGAAGGAAAGGAGGACCUAUCAAACGAUAAAAAGCGGAAGAGGUCACAAGAAGAAGAAGAAGAAGUAGAAGACUAGUAAACAAAGUGACGCCGAGAAGUUACCGCCAGGAAGACCGCGUGUGUUGAGGGUUUGGGUGAGGGUGACCUGCCACUGAGUCACAGACAGCAGUGAGGGCAAACCUGAAAGGGCCACGAGGAUGUUGCAGGACGAGGACUACGACUCUGACACUUCUGAUGAGGAUUUUAUACCUGAAGGAGUGGUGGAGAGUGACGAUGAAGCAGCGAGUGAUGGAGAUGAGGAGGAUGAUGAGGCAGGUGAGGGAGAUGAAGGAACAACACAAAAGGGAAAGAAGAAGAAACAAAGGAAAAAAGGCAAACAAAAGAAGAAGUCAUCAAAUGGUGUAGAAAAAGAAGAGGAAGAUGAACCCAAAAAGGAAAUAAGUACAGAAGAAAGCAGAAAGAAGGAAGAAAGUAUUUGGGCAGACUUUUUGGCAGAUGUUGAAGACAAGCCCAGCCCUCCCCCAAAACCCAAGACCUCCAGCUGGGGAGCCCUGCUGGGGAACAAGAAGCCCACCACCACCACAGACACCACACCUGCCAAAGCUCCAGCUCCUGCCAAGAAGGAGAACAAGGAGGGCAGCAGUAAGCCAGAGAAAGUCAAGAUCACUCAGGUGUUUGAGUUUGCUGGGGAGGAAGUGAGGGUAGAGAAGGAGGUGGACGCUGAAUCAUUAGAAGCCCAGGCAGCCAAAUGUAGUGCUGCUCUUGCAUCUCAGAGUCCUGGCACCACAAAGGCACAAUCUGGUGUGGGAGGCAUCAAGCGAGGUGCGGGGCUUUCUGGUCUGGUUAGUCUACUGGAUAGCAAGAAGCAGAAACUCACCACACUGGAAAAAACUAAACUGGACUGGAACAGCUUCAAGUCUGAGGAAGGCAUUGAUGAGGAGCUGGAGAAGCACAAGAAGAGCAAGGACGGGUACCUGGACAAGCAGGCAUUCCUGGAGCGAGCUGACCUGAGGCAGUUUGAGAUAGAGCGGGCGAUGAGGAUGAGCAAGCGAUCCAACAGAUGAGAACUAUGAUGCAAAUGUUGCAGUAUUAAUGUAAGGGACUAACUUCUCCCUUCCAUAGUCACGUCAUCCAUUUAUCGGUCUAUUUUGGUAAUUUUUUUUACAAUAAAGUUAAUUUUGUGUUUGUAACAAUUCUUGUAUAUCAUUGAUUUUUGCUUGUAUUCUCUUAAAUUCACAUAGAGUUUUAUCAGUCUCAUCUUUGUGAAUUCUUUCCAUCACAAUCAGUUAUGUAAUGGUCAUAAUUUCCACUUCCUCAACACCAGGUACCUUUUUUUUUUUUUUUUUUUUUAUGUAGGAAGGAUACUGGCCAAGGGCAACAAAAAUCUAAUAAAAAAAAUGCCCACUGAAAUGUCAGUCCCUUAAAAGGGUCAAAGCAGUGGUCAAAAAUUGGUGGAUAAGUGUCUUGAAACCUCCCUCUUGAAGGAAUUCAAGUCAUAGGAAGGUGGAAAUACAGAAGCAGGCAAGGAGUUCCAGAGUUUACCAGAGAAAGGGAUGAAUGAUUGAGAAUACUGGUUAACUCUUGCGUUAGAGAGGUGGACAGAAUAGGGGUGAGAGAAAGAAGAAAGUCUUGUGCAGCGAGGCCGCGGAAGGAGGGGAGGCAUGCAGUUAGCAAGAUCAGAAGAGCAGUUGGCAUGAAAAUAGCAGUAGAAGACAGCUAGAUAUGCAACAUUGCGCCGGUGAGAGAGGGGCUGAAGACAGUCAGUUAGAGGAGAGGAGUUGAUGAGACGAAAAGCUUUUGAUUCCACCCUGUCUAGAAGAGCAGUAUGAGUGGAACCCCCCCAGACAUGUGAAGCAUACUCCAUACAUGGACGGAUAAGGCCCUUGUACAGAGUUAGCAGCUGGGGGGGGUGAGAAAAACUGGCGGAGACGUCUCAGAACACCUAACUUCAUAGAAGCUGUUUUAGCUAGAGAUGAGAUGUGAAGUUUCCAGUUCAGAUUAUAAGUAAAGGACAGACCGAGGAUGUUCAGUGUAGAAGAGGGGGACAGUUGAGUGUCAUUGAAGAAGAGGGGAUAGUUGUCUGGAAGAUUGUGUCGAGUUGAUAGAUGGAGGAAUUGAGUUUUUGAGGCAUUGAACAAUACCAAGUUUGCUCUGCCCCAAUCAGAAAUUUUAGAAAGAUCAGAAGUCAGAUGUUCUGUGGUUUCCCUGCGUGAUAUGUUUACCUCCUGAAGGGUUGGACGUCUGAAAAGACGUGGAAAAGUGCAGGGUGGUAUCAUCAGCAUAGGAGUGGAUAGGACAAGAAGUUUGGUUUAGAAGAUCAUUAAUGAAUAAUAAGAAGAGAGUGGGUGACAGGACAGAACCCUGAGGAACACCACUGUUAAUAGAUUUAGGAGAAGAACAGUGACCGUCUACCACAGCAGCAAUAGAACGGUCAGAAAGGAAACUUGAGAUGAAGUUACAGAGAGAAGGAUAGAAACCAUAGGAGGGUAGUUUUGAAAUCAAAGCUUUGUGCCAGACUCUAUCAAAAGCUUUUGAUAUGUCCAAGGCAACAGCAAAAGUUUCACCAAAGUCUCUAAAAGAGGAUGACCAAGACUCAGUAAGGAAAGCCAGAAGAUCACCAGUAGAGCGGCCUUGACGGAACCCAUACUGGCGAUCAGAUAGAAGGUUGUGAAGUGAUAGAUGUUUAAGAAUCUUCCUCAUCAUCAUCAUUAUCAUGACUUCUUUCCUGCAGCAGACAACAGCUGAUGAGGCCUUCUUAUACUUUAAUUUACUAUUUUAUUGUAUGUUUUCUUGGAUUUGGCUGUGUUGGAGGAAAAAGCAAGUACUAUUAGAGACUAAUAUGAUCAGUAUUCAUCUUCUUUGUCCCUCCCUCAGACUUAACACUGAUCAUGGUCCACUGACCAUUACUAAAUGUUCAGUUACGAUGGGCACAAACCGUGUCUUUGAUGUUUCUUGUUUAGGUUGACAUUUAUGUUGCGUUGGCUUCCAGUAUUACACUAUAAGUGACUGAAUUGACUGAAUGGUGCAUUCUAUAGUCUUCUAUAGCAGGACUUAGUUGUGAAAUGAAAGUUAAGGGUUAAGAAUUGAAACAGUUGAAAUGAUCUUGUAUGAGAAAUGCCUGUGGUGUGGAAACAAAUGAUGAAUGUAGUGGAAGUGUGCAUGUCAAGUGAGGAUAAAGGAAUGAAAUAUGCGAUUGUUUGAAGGUGUCAAGAGCAGCACUCUAAACUAGUUUGACUUAGAAAGUAUAGUGGGAGAUGAGAUGACUAAGAGAGUGUAUAAUAGAUGCUGUGGGUAGAAACUGAAGACCUAUGAAAUGAGAGAGGAGUACCAGAGUGCCUUAGAGAAAGGGAAGGAAGAAGAAUGAGAGGAUUAGACCAUUCAAGAAGAGAAUACAAGGACAGGAAUAAAUGUUUAUAUUUUUUGUGGCCAUCACCUUGUGAGAGUUCUUUUCUCCAUAUCAAAAUAUUUACUGUUAAUUGGGGUGUUUGCUAUGGGCUGAGUUGCUGGUGAUCACUGGCUGUUUUAAUGCAGGGGUCAGUCAACACUCCCACAGUUCUCUGGAAAACUGGAUGAUACAAAACAUUAAUCCUAAGUGUUUAUGGUAACAGUCUCUACGGGAUCUGAUGAUGGACUUAUUAUAAGCUAAAUACUCAUAACUAGGCUCUCAGUGUUUCCAUAUUUAUUUCUAGUCUCCAGCUACAUAUUUAGUUUGAAAUAUUUUCUUCUGAUUUCUACAGGGACUAAUGAUUUAUCCGGCAAAUCCCCCCAGAAACUUUAGCAAUUACUAUUUAUGCCGCCAGACCAUUGUGAGGGCCGAAACCAUGCUGAGAUGAAAGGACUGGCCGAUAUCAGACAUGCCAACUUCUCGAAAACAUUGGAAAAAACCCGUGGCAAGAGAUAUGAGUUUGCAGUGCUGUUGUUAAACCCAGGUCUAUUUAUGUGCUGUGGUUGAUUUCAUGAACAUAUCAUGAAAGAAAAUCCAAAUUGUAAAAGGAUGGCUUGUAUUUCCAAAGAAGAAAGCAGCAACUCAGGGAAGACAUUGGGAGACAUGAUGUAAACAGACAACAACUCAGGGAAGACACUUGGGAGACGUGAUUUAAACAGACAAGCAGCAACUCGGGAGACACUGGUGAAGAUUGUCUAUUUAAGACAAUGUUCACCAGUAUCCUGCUAUGAUUUGGUAUCAAAGCAUGGUUAUUUCUCUUGUAUGUGCCAGAAGUUAUAGUUUUAUGUUAAGUGUAUAACUUAAAUGAAUAAAGUAAACUUAUACAGUGGAAAAAAAAAUUAAUCCCGAGGUGAUGAUAUAUCCCAAACCCAAAAUAAUGUGUAUAGCAUUUAGCUUGUUUUGCAUAUUUUUUUGCUCUGCUUGAUGAUGGUAGCUAAAAAUGUUUAUAAUAUUUUAUUCAUUGGUUUGGUAACACAAAUGACAAAGAUUUUUUUUUCCAGUUGACUGCCUUUUAUUUGUAACAUUCAGUUGGCUAGUGGCAGUUUUUCCAGACCAUAGCAUAUGCCCCAACAGGAAAAGUAUCUUGCAGCUUUGUUUCACUAUUUUAUUUAUUUAUCCAUUUAUAUUUUCUAGUAAGAGAAAAAUGAGAUCACUUUAGUGGUUCUUUGAAAUAGAAGAGAUGUGUUUAGGAGACAAUCAUCUGUUACAAAACACAGGCUGUUAUAAUUGUAAGAUGUAAACAACAUUCCAUAGAUGUGUUUAUAAUGGACAGUUGUGGACAGUUGUAGGAGUGGCACCAGCCAAGGACAAUAAAGCAAUAAGAAAAAAAAUGCUCACUGAGGUGCUGGUCCCCAAAGUGAGUCAAAAAACGGUCAUCAGAAUUUAAAGGAUAAGUGUCUUGAAACCUCCCUCUUGAGAGUUCAAGUUAUAGGAAGGAGGAAAUACAGAAGCAGGAAGAGAGUUCCGGAGUGUACUAGAGAAAGGGAUGAAUGAUUGAGAAUAUUGGUUAAAUCUUGUAUUAACAUAAGAACAUAAGAACAUAAGAAAUAAGGGAAGCUGCAAGAAGCGACCAGGCUUACACGUGGCAGUCCCUGUAUGAAAUAUACCUACCUAUUUCCAUCUAUUAUCCCCAUCCAUAAACUUGUCUAAUCUUCUCUUAAAGCUCUCUAGUGUCCUAGCACUAACAACAUGAUUACUGAGUCUGUUCCACUCAUCUACCACUCUAUUUGAGAACCAGUUUUUUCCUAUCUCCUUCCUAAACCAAAAUUUUUCAAGCUUGAAUCCGUUAUUUCUUGUUCUACCCUGGUUGCUGAUCCUAAGAAUUUUGCUUACAUCCCCCUUGUUAUAACCCUUAUACCACUUAAAGACUUCUAUUAGGUCCCCUCUUAACCUAUGUCUCUCUAAAAAACGUAAAUUUAACAGCUUCAACCUCGCCUUGUAAGGAAUACUCCUCAUCCCCUGUAUCCUUUUAGUCAUUCUCUGUACUGAUUCUAAUAGACCUAUAUCUUUUCUGUAAUGUGGGGACCAGAACUGCACAGUGUAGUCUAGAUGAGGUCUGACCAGCGCCAAGUAUAACUUUAUAAAAUAUUUCAUGUAGCAGAGUGUAGAUAGAGAGGUGGAUAGAAUAGGGAAAUAGGGGUGAGAGAAAGAAGAAAGUCUUGUGUAGAAAAGCCAUGGUAGGAGGGAAGGCAUGCAGUUAGCAAGAUCAGAAGAGCAGUUAGUGUGAAAAUAGUGGUAAAAAAUAACGAGAUGCAACAUUGUGAUGAUGAAAAAGAGGCUGAAGACAGUUAGUUAGAGAAGAGGAGUUGAUAAGAUGAAAAGCUUUUGAUUCCACCUUGUAUAGAAGAGUGGAACGAGUGGAACCCUCCCCAGACAUGUGAAGCAUACUUCAUACAUGGAUGGAUAAGUCCCAUGUACAGAGUUAGCAGCUGGAAGGGUGAGAAAAAUUAGUGGAGAUAUCUCAGAACACCUAACUUCAUAGAAGCUGUUUUAGGUAGAGGUGAGAUGUUAAGUUUUCGGUAUAGAUUAUAAGUAAAGGUCAAACCGAGGAUGUUCAGUGAAGAAGAGGGGGACAGUUGAGUGUCAAUGAAGAAGAGAGGAUAGUUGUCUGGAAGGUUGUGUCAAGUUGAUAGAUGGAGGAAUUGAGUUUUUGAGGCAUUAAACAAUACUAAGUUUGCCCUGCUCCAAUCAGAAAUUUUAGAGAGAUCAAAAGUCAGGUGUUCUGUGGCUUCCCUACAUGAACUAUUUACUUCCUGAAGGGUUGGAUGUCUAUGAAAAGACAUGGAAAAGAAUAGCUGUAAGUCAGACCAGAAACUGUAACAAGAGACUAUUAAAGGCAUCCCUCUUGUUCAUCUUAUGUAUUGAACCAGGACCUUACAAUUACAGUGUUCCAGCCAGUCUCCAACAGAUGGUUGUGUGGGUGUGCCUGUGACCAUCUGAGCUUGGAAGGGAAAGAACCAGCGUGUACCUCCUGCACUGGGAUAUUUAAUAUACACACUUUCCAUUGAGGAUUAUUGUGUCUGUGGAGAGUUUGGCAAAGUGUGCUCAAUGACUGGUUUCAGGUGCUGGUGGUAUCUUACAAGGGGAGUAGCCAUUUGUAGAAAAGUAUAUCAUUGUCUCCCACACAUCACUUUAGAUCAUUGCUCUUCAAACUUUUUCACUGUGACCUAGUUUGACUUUGUAUACUAUCUUCUUGACCCUGUACAUCCAUUCUAUUGUAUCUCUCCCUUUAAUAUGAAACACACACACACACACACACACACACACACACACACACACACACACACACACACA